AUGACUCUUAAUGGAUCCAUGGAUUCACUGCUCAAAGAAAUAGAUGACGGAAUGGAAAAUUCCUCCGCACCUGAGUGGAAGCUACCUCUACAAGAUAUAGGUGAUGAGACAAUGGAGAUGCUGGUUGACCAUAACACAAAGGAAAAUGAAAGCUUACAACAGCGUAACAAGAUUAAUGGAAGAAAAAUAGCAGGCAGUGGAACUUCUUCACCUUUCAAGAAAACUGUCGAUUUUAGUGAAGGUGUCGAUUUACACGAAUAUACAACAACACCAGAAGAGUUUGCAACUCAACUUGAACAAUAUCCACAAGAUGUAGAUACACGUUGGAAGCGCUCACGUCCUAAACAACAUCCACAACAACUACUACCUCCACUUCCUGUAAAAGAAGAGUCGGAAGAUGAAGUGGAAGUGGAAGAAGAGCCCGAAUUGACUAUUGACGAAUUAAGAGAACAUGGUUUACAAGAUACCAGUGCAAAAUUAUCGAAUGUAUUGGACUCGACACAAAACAUGCACCAACUUAAGCAAAUGACUCAAGAUGUGGAUACUCGUGCUACCCAGGUGGGACAAGAAUUUAAUCAAAGAAAACUAAGCUUAGCGCUACAACCAACACAACAAUUGACCCUAAAUACACGAAGCGAUGAUGGAUUGGAAGGCGAGGAAGAUGGUAAAGAAGAGGAGGACGAAGAAGACGAAUAUGAAUAUGAAGAAGAAAAAUCCCCCAUCACAGAUGCCUCACCGUCAAGAAUUCCUCUUGUUAAUACCGUCGAUAUAAAUAAUUUCAAUCUGGCAAAUGUGGGAAGGCAUUCACGGGUAUCAUCAGGUUCAUCUUAUGCGGGGAGCGCAUCUGAUUUGGAGACAACUACUAUAAACGAUAGGUACAAAUUAUUAGAGUACAAUGGUCAAAUCCCUGCUGAAUUACGAUACAAACCAUCAAAUGAUAACAAUGUUUUAUAUUCACCCCCCAGAAUCACCAAACAUCCUAACCCAUCUAACACUCAAAGCUUUACAACUGAUUACGAAUCUGCCAAAGAGACUGUAAACGGUUCCACAUCAGAUUUGGCCAGUGAAAAUAGAGAAGCCUCUGUAGAGAAUCUGGAUAUACCAUCAGGUAUUAGAGAAGUUUCCCCAGUGGAAGAACAAGUCCAUUCCGCUGACAGUUCUCAGCAUGAUGAUACGCUUCGUGAAGAAGAUUAUAAAAGCUCCAAUACAACUGAUGAAGAUAGCGAUCAAUCUCGUACCUUAGACACGGAUGAAGAAGAAUCUAGAAGUGGAAUUGAGUAUACUGAUUUACAUGAAGUCUCGUCAUCCUACGCUUCAGAAGGUACUAACGAACACGCUCCACAAGCAGAAUGUUCGAGGUUAACAGAAGAUUUGAAUGCAUCUAUUGCUCCAGUAGAAAGUUCAAGAGUCUCUAGUGGUAAUUCCCAAGUUUCUCAAGGUUCCAACACAGCGAUUAAGAUAGGUACUUUGAAGAGACUAUCUUCUUUGAAAGCCAGAGGCCCUCAUUUACCUCCUCUAAUACCAGUCGUAGGAUCGGAUCCUAUCUUCAAUGAAGACCCAUUCGAAGAAGUAUUUGAUUCAUCGGGAGACUCGUUAGAUUUAACAAGGUCUGUGAAACCUUCUGAUUACAUCUCCAUAUGGCACAGUCAGGCUGAUGAUUUGAAAUCACAUUCUCCAACCAUCAGUGCGAAUUCGCAAUUCUCUCAAAGAUCCGUUUCAAGUCAAUCAUCUACCAACUCUGCUCCUCAUUCUGAAUUUAGGUUUAAACCUAGAAUUGUAAGCCGUUCCAGAUAUUACAAUCCAGAAAACAGAGUUGUGAUUCCAUCUGACUCAGACGAUGAUGAUGUGAUCUACGCUGUUGAUAGGGCAAUGGAUCCUAGAAGCAGGAACACUUUGAUUUCAAAACAAUUAAGAAAUAGUUUAAGGAAUAAUCAAAAGUCUAACCCACUUAGAUUGGCUGCCCUUGGACUACAAACUCAGGUUAUCACCAAGGAGGAAGACGAUGAACACUCGCCGUUUGACAAUUAUCCAAUAACGUUGGCACCUGUGGGGAAUAACAAUAUUGCACAGAGAGAAGUACUUCCAGAAGUGAAACGAGAGGCGGACCCAACCUCAAAGUUUGAUGAACUGGAAAGAGAUUCAAAUGCAGAACCAGCACUAAUGCCUGAUGCGUUUGAAUUCCAGAGUUACGAGCAUUUAGCCGCUCUCGCAAAUACUCCUGAAGUAAACCAUGUGGAGGUACCCCAAUCGUCACAUGUCGAGAAAGACGAGAGUAUAAUACGUGCUAAUCAAAGUAGUGGGAAGGAUAAACUUCCUGCAUUUUCACCAAAGUACGCAAAAGGAAGAUCACCGGUAGUUAUUCCUCCGCGCAGUGCAAAAAGGAAUACAAAUACUCCUGUUUUGACACCUCCACCCAAGAACAUAAAUAGAGAAGUCAGUUCACCUACUCUAGCACCUGCCUCAGGCUUCUACCGCCUUGGUGCAUCUCCUUUGGGAUUUAAAAGUGCAAGAGAGAACAAUUCUGCAGCUUUCGGAUCCUUCACCAAUGAGUAUGAAUUUCCACCAGCGCCUUUGGCCACGCAAACGGCAACGAAGCAAUCGCCUGAAGGCUCUCAAAGGAACACGGGUGUUGAUGAACUUCUAAUCAAGGAACCUGAGGAAUUGGAUAUACGAUCUUCCCUCCCAGAUAGUGGCUUAGCUGAUGACUUGGGACACUAUUUCGAAGCAUUAAGUUUUGAUGACCAUUCAGCCUCAGAGUCAAUGAAAAUGGAGAGAGGCGGUUAUAACAUUUGGAACGAAGAAUAUGAUUUAAUAGAGAGUGGCAACAGAAAGUCUUCAGUGCCUUCAGAAGUAUUGAACAGAUUAUUAGAAUCUGAAACUGGCAUAGACAAGGUAGAUACCAAUCAAUCUAGAAACUCUGAAUCUAGUCAAGGGUAUAUCAAGACUCCAAUGGAUGACGUCUUCAUUGGUAGAGGUCUCAGUGUCAAUGGACUUGAAGCGGUUGUUAGCAACGAAGAAGCAAGCGAGAGAAAUUCGGUUUUAUUCGAUGAAUUCCAUGAUGGGAAUCUUUACCAAACUCCAAUCCACAGUCCGAUGAGUAAAGUACAUGUAAGGAGUCCCUUCAAAGCCGUGAGUCCAAGCAAAUCUCCUGUUCAUGAAAUUAAGAAAACACAAGAUAAGCAAGUGAACGAAAAGCAAAAAGUCGUUCCUCGUACACCACCAUCGUUAGAGGCACUACAAUCAGAAGCACUUUCGGACUCUACACCUGACUUAGAACCUGAUAGUAAGCUUGAAGACAUUUCUAAACCAGUGAAUAAUUCCACAAUUACCGAGGAGGCAGAAGAAGAAACUACAGAAGAUUUAUCUGGUGUUGAACAGGAUCGUGCUUUAGCCGCCGAGAAGACAAAACCUUCUGGAUCGGCUGAAGCUGUUUUACCAGAGGAAGUCAGGGCUGCGGAUCGCGAGGUAUUCCCAGAUUCAGGCACUUUGUACUUGAAAUUGAAAGGUAUAUCUGGAAUAAUGUUACAUGGAGUUAAACGCCGUAAAGCCCAAUUCGCUCUUGAAUUUGACAAUGGGAAGAAUGUCGCUCAAAGUCCGUGGCAACCGAUGACAGAAAACGGUUACAUUGAUUUAAACAGAGAAUUUGAAGUUCUUCUGGAUAAGAAUCCAAAGAAUCAAGGUAAAAUCAUCAUGACUUUGAAAUGCCGUUAUGAGAAGAUCGUUUAUGAGCCAGAGGUAGAAGAAGUAAUAGAGAGAGUCCCCAUAACCUCGAAAAAGAAACUGUUUGGUAAAAAGAAGGAACAUUACCAAUAUGAAAAGAAAUUGGUCACUAAACCACCUAAAGAAGAUGAAUGGGAGUACAUCUUUGCCCGUGACGGAUCUUUCGGUCGUUGCGAGUUGGUUCUUGAUAAAGAUUUCCUAGAUCAUGCUAGAUUCCAAGUUAAAACGAUUAAGUUGGAUGUUAAAAACGAAUGGGCACGUCAAUAUGAACCAUCCAACAAAAAACCACACCAGCUACCACGUAGAGCUCCUUAUAUCAUUGGUAAAUUGAAGCUAGACACCUGUUAUUUAUCCAGAUCUUCUGCCCUUGAGAAAUUCCCCAAAUCUCUAGCCAUUGCUCUAGGUAUUAUGUCCAAAUAUGAGUCACAACAAAGUAUAUCCAAGGAAGGAUAUUUGAUACAAGAAGGUGGUGAUCUUGGUGAUGAUGUUGCCAGAAGAUUUUUCAAACUACAGGGUAAUAAAUUGAUCGGUUAUCAUGAAGUUACCAGAAAGGCAAAGAUAAUAGUAAAUUUGCUAAAAGUCUCUGAUGUUGUGGGACCAACAGAUAUUAAUAAUGAAACCUUCAAUGAGGAUCCGGGGGCUCAAAGUUGCUUUCAUUUAGUUUUCUCCAACAAAGAGACCAUUACUUUUGAUACAGAAUUUUCCACAGAUGAAAAAUACGACUGGUAUCUAAAAGUCAAAAGUGUUGUAGACUUGAACAAAAGUCAUCAACCAUGGGUUAAGGCAUUUCAUGAGAGCUUUAUUGUCAAUAGUGUGUAA